AUGUCCAGCUACGGGUACGAGCGGGAACCCCCGCGGACUUACAUCAGGGAAGAGCGAAGGGAAGAGCGAGUAGAUCCUCGUUAUGCCGACUCGCGCGCCGAAUACACCAGAACAUAUUCCCGGGACUUAGUACCCCGCGCCCGCGAGUCCAGCGACCUCUCAAUUGAGGAAGUGCGCCGUGAAUUCCCUCCUCCCCAGGCUCGCGACAUUCGUCGCACCAGAUCCGCGGAGCCCAACUAUUAUGAUGAUGACGACGACUACUAUGACUAUCGCCGUGACCAUGACCGCCGCUCCAAGAAGACCUCCACCACAAUGAGCGUGUACCGCGAGGAGCGCCAUGCUCCCAAGCACAGGUCCAUGUCAAAGCAGGAGAAGAUCAUUGCUGCCGUCGCUGGUGCCGCCCUCCUUGCUGGAGGCAAGGAGCUGUAUGACCGCCGCGAGGCCCAACAAGAGGGCUCUUCCGAGAUCCACCGCAACCCUCUGGCCUCGGUGGCUCUGGCCGGCAUUGGCGCACUUGCUGCCUACCAGGGUGCCCAGUACUACAACAAGGUGCAGGCCAGGAAGGACCAGAAAGCCGUUGCCAUUCUCAACCGUGGCUACUACGACUCUGACGACGACAUGAGCACCAAGGAGAAGAAGGGCCAGAAGAACUUCCUCGAGAGCGCCAUCGCAGCGACCGGCCUCGGCGCUGCUGUCAAGUCUCUCACCGGGAAGGGUGACGGUGACAAGACUCGAUCAGGCGAGCCACGAUCAGGAGGCAAUAAGAUGCAGAAGGCUGCCAUGGCUUCACUGCUGGCGGGUGCCACCGAGGCCUUCCGUGUCGCAAAGGAGCCUGGUGGUUGGAAGGGUGAGAAGACUCGCCGCAUCCUGACCGCCGCUGCGGGUGCUGCCACCAUCGACUCAGCCCAGAACAAGGACCACGGAAAGAUUGGUCUCGCAGAGUCCGUUAUUGGUGGUCUUGUUGGUAACCGUCUCAUCAACGGUUCCAAGAACGAUAUCGAAGAGGACAAGAAGACUGGAAGGAGUCGUUCGCGCUCACGAGCACGAUCAUCAAGCCGCGAUGGCGGCAGUAGCGGAACCGGACUUGCCGCUCUUGCUUCAGCUGGCCUGGGUGCCUUCGGCGCCAAGGCCGCAUACGACACCUACCAGAACAGAUCCCGUAGCCGAGCUGGAAGCGACGAUUCGCGAGGCCGUGGUGACUCGCCAGACCGCCGCCGCAGCCGCAGCCGAAGUGUCGUCGACAAGGCCCGCAACAGCCUUGCCAAGCUGGGCAUCGGAAACGGUACCGAUGAUGACCGCCGACAGACCCAGGAUGACUUUGAUGACCGUGGCUCACGACGCCCUCGACGCUACUCAGAUGAGUACGACGAUGAUCACCGCUCUAACCGCGGACGGGACUACUACGAUGACCGGGACCGGUCCUACCGGUCUCGCCACGGCGGCGACCACCAUUAUGACUCCGACCUAGGAGACUCCGACGAUGAUGAGAAGAGACACAAGAAAAUGAGAGGUAAGUCAAUGUUGAUGUCAGGCCUAGCAGCCGUCGCCACAAUCCACGCAGCACAUUCUAUAUACAAGGGUGUGGAGAAGAGGGCGGCCCGAGAGACGGCCGUGAGAGAGGGGAAGAUGACCACAGAGGACGCCGCAAAGCUCAGAAACAAGGCACUGCUACAAGAUGCUGCUUCCGUUGGCCUUGCUGCAUUGGGCAUCAAGGGCGCCAUCGGCGAGUUCAAGGAGGCCAAGGAGUUGUCUCAUGAAUGCAAAGAAUUCAAGAAAGAAAAGGCGGAGCGGCACCAAAAGCGCAUAGAAGCGAGGAAACAACGCACUGCGCCGUCAACUCGGCAGCAGAGUCCAAACAAUUGGUCUUCGGGCCAACAGCACCAAUACCCCGAAUCAGACGAGGAAGAUUACUAUUACCACGAGGUGGCUCGCACAUAUGAGCAUCCACAGCGUGCAAAUACACUUCCUCCUCGUCCUUAUUGA